AUGGCACAAGAUCCUUACGCUCUUUUGCAGAAGGCAGACAAAGCAGCUGCGGGAGCUUCGGGGGGAUUCAGUCUUUUCGGUGGACGACAGGAGAAGUGGGAGAAUGCAGCAGAGUUAUAUAACCAAGCUGCGAAUGCGUUUCGCAUGCAAAAGCAAAACAAGGAGGCUGGGCAAGCAUUUGAGCGCGCUGCCGACAUUCAAACGAACAAACUCAACGAGCCCGACGAUGCUGCGAAUACGCUUACAGAAGCUUUCAAAGUAUACAAGAAGGGAGAUCCACUAGAUGCGGUUAGAUGCUUGGACGUUGCAAUCAAUCACUAUACAUCGAAAGGAAACUUCAGGAGGGCUGCCACGCACAAGCAAAAUUUGGCAGAGGUUUAUGAAAUGGAGAUUGGGGACAUGAAGAAAGCAAUCGAAAGUUAUGAACUGGCUGCUAGCUGGUUUGAGGCUGACAAUGCUGAGGCACUGGCCAAUAAGCUCUUCCUCAAGGUCGCCGAUAUUGCCGCCCUCGACGGUGACUAUUACAAAGCCAUCGAGCAUUUUGAAAAGGUAGCCGCAUCCUCGGUCUCGAAUAACCUUAUGAAGUGGUCGGUAAAAGACUAUUUCCUCAAGGCCGGUCUGUGUCAUCUAGCUAUCGGCGAUACAGUGGCCACCGGACGAGCUUUCGAAAAAUACAGAGAUAUGGAUCCAACAUUCCCAAGCACAAGGGAGCAUCAAUUAUUAAUCGACCUCGCAGAGGCGGUUGAUCAAGGCGAUCAGGAACAAUUCGCGGACAAGCUAUUCCAAUAUGAUCAAAUGAGCAAGUUGGACAAGUGGAAGACGACCAUUCUGUUGAAAAUUAAGAGUGCAAUUGAGGAGAAGGGUGAUGACUUCUCAUGA